ACAGUUCUGAGCGGGCGCCAGGCGACAAAUGUUUCAAAAACAAAGUCUUUAUGCAGAAACUACGAUGUAAGUAGUAGUAUGUAUUUAAUUUUUCCAAUUGUGAAAAAAAUUACCCAAAACUGAGUCAUCGGAUGACACCGUACUGCUAUCGCACAAAUUAAAAUGUUUUUUAAGUAUAAGAGCAAUAGAGCCGGGUCUCUCAUAGAGAUGAUGGUGAUAAGAGGGAGCAUCUGUUAGUUAAAUUGAUUUCGAAGAAACAAAGAUAUCUACCAUAUAAAUUGGGUUGCUGCAGAAUGACGACACCAGUCAAGUUCGAAAAGUGUCAAGAAAUAGAAUGACAUCCUUCAAAUUCCUGGCGCUUGUAGCAUACGUUCUGUUAUUCUUGCAACGUACAUUCGUAAUAGUAGCUGAGAGUAAUAGCACAGAGAUCGAUCUAAUUGAGGCGCCGGGCCCUGAAGAAAUAAUAUUAGAUGGCAGCAGUCUCUACAACGUAGACAACAUUAGUCUCUGCAAGGAUGUUGCUAAUAGAGUCUUUCUGCCGUAUGUAGGAGACUGCAGAAAGUAUUACCUGUGCUGGGAUGGCGAGGCUGUGGAGAAGCAGUGCAACAAGGACUACGAGUUCAAUGCCCGAAACCAGAGCUGCGGAUAUCCAAAUAGUUCGACAUGCAUGCCCAAAUGUGAAGCCUACAAUCUGACCACCUUCUGCUACGAUCGCACCUGCACCAGAUACGUGCUCUGCUAUUUCGGCAUUCCAGUUCUGAGGGAGUGUCACGAUGGUCUGCAGUACAAUGCGGAAACGGAUCGUUGCGAUUUCCCUCAGUAUGUGGACUGUGUGGACAAUGAGUGCAUGAGACUAAGUGAGACGACAGAGCUGUUGUACUUGCCCAGCAAGGCUUCGUGCUCUAAGUACUUCCUGUGCGCAAAGGGCGUUCCCAUUAACUACAACUGUGCCGAGGGCUUGUAUUUUAACACCAGAUGCAAUUGCUGUGAUUAUCCAGAGAAUUCUGACUGCCAGAUUCCAGCAUUGAAGCGCAAUAUUCAGCCGUAUGCUCGUGUACCGCUCCGCACAGCUGAUGUCAUCUGUCCAGAUCAUGGAGUUCACUUCUACGCCCACAAGUCCCGCCGCGAUGCCUACUACUACUGCAUAGAGGGCCAUGGUGUUACCUUGGACUGCACGCCGGGUCUGUGGUACGAUGCAGUUGUUAAAGAAUGUCGCGAGCCCAAAUAUAUUGGCCACUGAGCAGAAGGAAAAAAUAAAAUGGCUUUACGGUAUAAGAUUCGCUUGAUUAUAAGAAAACUUGGAUUAAUAAAUACAAAUAUUAAUUACAAA